AUGAAGAAUGUGCACUGGAGUUUAGUUUCCUCUCGCGUGCUCUUCUCGUUGUCCCUUUUGGCUAUUGAAGGUUCUGAGGCCUCAUCAAAGGCUAUCAAAGUGGAUAUCACAUUUUCCAUCAGGAACAUUGAGAGACCAGAUGGAGAUGACGAGUUACUGCCACAAACCAUGCCAGAAGAUCCUCAAAGAUGGAUCAUUAAAAUCGGAAGUAGAACGAAGGCAAUCAGACAACAUUAUCUGGAAAUUGGUACACUCACAUCAUGGACUUUCCAUCUAAUUAUUUCACUGACAAAAGCAUAUGAGAAAGCAACUUACUGUGGAAGGGGCAUCCCUAAUCGUAUUCCAAAAAGCCAAUCACUCUAA